GUGUACAAUAGGGGCCCCUCGCUCUUUCAGCAUUCCUUCCUUGCUCCAUUCCCGUUUUCCUUUUCCUUGGUUGCCCCGAAAGCGAGAAAGCGAGAAGAGAAUGUCGGACGAGGAGCAUCAAUUCGAGUCGCAGGCGGACGCUGGGGCUUCCAAGACGUUCCCGCAGCAGGCCGGAACCAUUAGGAAGAAUGGCUACAUCGUCAUUAAAGGCAGGCCUUGCAAGGUUGUUGAGGUUUCAACCUCUAAAACAGGCAAGCAUGGUCAUGCCAAGUGCCACUUCGUUGCAAUUGAUAUCUUCAAUUCCAAAAAGCUUGAGGAUAUUGUUCCUUCAUCCCAUAACUGCGAUGCUCCUCAUGUUACUCGCACUGACUAUCAACUCAUUGAUAUAUCUGAAGAUGGUUUUGUGAGUCUUCUGAUGGAGAAUGGGAACACAAAGGAUGACCUGAGGCUUCCAACCGAUGAGACUUUGCUUGCCCAGAUCAAAGAUGGUUUUGCUGAAGGGAAGGAUCUGGUGGUGACUGUCAUGUCUGCCAUGGGAGAGGAGCAGAUCUGUGCUCUAAAGGACAUUGGGCCCAAAUAAGUUUAAUUGGGACACGUUAAUUAUGGUUCUUAGAACAAUGUCAGUUUGGUGACAAUGUAAACAAAAACCAUUAAGAAAUGGGACUUUGUCUAAGAUUUUUGUGGGUUUGUGCAAGUAAAGAAGUGUUGAUUCUCCCACAGGGACCUUGGAGCCCUUGGUUCCUUGUGGGCUUGAUAUAGGAAUGACAAAUUCUGGUGCAAGGUAUCCCUAUAUUCUCUAUGUUAAAAACCAUUUUUUUUAUUUUUUUAUAAAACUAUCAAACAUAAGCAUGUGCAUGGAUAUCUAUUUUAAGUA